AUGGCUACACGUAGGGGCAUUAGUACCGCCUCUCACAGUUACAACGAAGCUCUCCGUUUACUUUCUCAACUUUAUUCAAAUCGCAAUGUCACCAAUCUCUUCGACAAGCCCGCCGCAAACAAGGUCUCAGCUGCACCGUCCAAAGAUCUCAAUGCGCUGGCUAUUCCUGAGAUGCGCGAGUGGCUUCGUCGCGCCGGAUAUGAAUCCAAGGACCUUGCGCGCCUGAGGCACAUUCAUAUAGCAGGCACCAAGGGCAAAGGCUCUGUGAGUGCCUUUGCAACGGGAAUGCUACGGCAGUACGAGACAGUUGGGACAUACACAAGUCCGCAUCUCGUAAGUCCACGUGAGCGCAUCGCCAUUCAAGGCGAGCAGAUCUCCCAAGGUCUCUUCACAGAAGCCUUCUUUGAACUGUGGGGGCGAUUAUCCGACGCAGCUAAGAAGGAUGGCAAAAGUCUAACAGAGGCCGAUGGGCCUGGGUCCAAGCCAUUCUUCUUCCGUUUCAUGACACUUCUUGCUUGGCAUAUCUUUCUGAGGGAAAAGGUCGACAGCGUGGUUCUUGAGUGCGGGAUUGGCGGCGAGUACGACGCUACAAAUGUUGUGCCGCCUGAGGCUGUUUCUGCUGCGGUCAUUACGCAGCUAGGUAUAGACCACGUCGCAAUGUUGGGCGAUACGGUUGAAAAGAUAUCUUGGCACAAGGCUGGUAUCCUCAAGCCAGGAGUGCGUGGUUUCGUACGCAGAAUGGACGAGAAACCCAGUGUAAGGCAAGUCCUACAACAACGUGCAGCAGAAAAGGGGGCUGAGCUCAUCGAAUUGGAUGAUGCUAGUGUUGAGCAAUGGGGAGGUGUUGCAGGGAGGCUGCCGGGCGAUUUCCAGAAGUACAACCAAGCUCUCGCUGUGCUUGCGGUGCGACAACACCUGGGUAUGGAGGUCAAUAUCAAGACUGCUUUGCUUAACCUCCCGGACAAGAUGGUCACUGGGCUCAAGGAAGCAAGUCUCAGAGGUCGCUGUGAGGUUAUCCAACAGGGUCAUAUUGCCUGGCAUCUCGAUGGCGCGCAUACCAAAGACAGUAUGCAAGAGGUUGCUAAGUGGUUCGCUGCCAAUCUUGGGAAAGACGAAUCUACAAUUCUAGUGUUCAACCAGCAGGAGAGGGAUGCAACACAACUAUUGGCAAUCCUGCUUGAUACUAUCCAGGAAGCUACAGGGCGAGAGAACAUAAUCAGCCAUGCUUUCUUUACAAGAAACGACCAGGAGAGGUCUUCUGGGGAUGAAGUUAGAGACUUGAGCGUUCAGACAAGAGUGGCUGAGUUGAUGGGUGAAAGGACAACUGAAUGUCAAAUCAAAACAUAUGAUAAUAUUGAUGACACAGUUGCUGAGGCAAGAAAGGUUGCGGGAACAAGUCAGAAGAUUUUGGCAACUGGAAGUAUGUAUCUUGCAGGGGGUAUAUUGCGAGCUUUGGAGCCCGAGGGUCUAUUAUAG